UGAUCUGAUUCCCCCUCGUUUUGUUCGAAUUCACUCCGCCCAUUUUUCAGUCCUUUCCAUGUCCAUGAUGUAGAAUACAGUUACGUUGCUCGCGUGCAACGAUAACUCGGCUCAUCUAAGUUAACGGGAAAAUAGCCAGAAAAUCAAAUACAAAAACGCGAGGUCGUUUAUAAAUAUUCAUAACGGUUAGUUAGAGAAUAUAACAUGUGUCCCGAUCGAGUUUGCUUCGAUUUUCAAUUUCAAUCGGGUAGACGGUAGAUUGAAAGAGAACGCGAAAGAAUGGUAGAGCCUAGACCUUUGUACUUUCAAGUAGUAGUACAACUCAAUGAGUGGUCAGACCACCUUUCAUAUUUUCAACUUGUACGGUGAAACGAUAAAGCAGGAAACUUAAAAAAUGAUUCGUUUAAUGUUUUAAUAAUAAAAAAUACGUGAACUGAUUAUUCUUCGUUGGCGAUUAAAUAGGCGUAUCUUGGGAUGUUUUGUAUUUAUGUUUAAAUGUUUCCACUUGAUAUGUAUUAGAGUAGUUCGGUUAUAACCGCCAGUCAGUUGUUAUCGCCGACUAUUGUUUGAGAAAGUUUCUCUAGAAUAUUUUAAGUUGGAAACUCUUGCUUUUUUUUCAUCUUAAUAAAGAAACUUGACCAAUGCAAAAUGCAGUCAGAAGUAAAUGACAUAUCAGAAAGAUCGUUACAAAAAGCCAAGGAACAUGACAGGAAUGGAAAUUAUGGGAAGGCUUAUGCAUAUUACACCAUAGUUGCUGAAUUAUGUCCUGCAAAAAGAUCAGAAAUUGAGGAAACAUUUACAGAUAUACUAUGUACAUGGGGGAUUGAGUUGGCAGAAAACAAUAGAUUGUCUGAUGUUGUACGUUGUUAUAAAUAUUCCUUGGAUAUCUAUCCAAACAAUCCUCGUAUGCUCAAUAAUUUUGCAGCACAUUUGUUAAGGAAUAACGAUCCUGUAAGGGCAAUAGAAUAUUUAAGAAGAGCUUUGAAAGUUGAUCCUAACUUUCUACCAGCAGAACGAAAUUUACAAAAUGCAUUUAGUAUGGCAGUAGACAGAUGGCACUUUACAAUGCUCAAUGACAAGCACAGAAAUAGUGCUUUUGAGCAAGCUAUACGUAAAAGAAUUCAUCAAGGAUAUAAUACAGUGUUGGAUGUAGGAACUGGUACAGGUCUUUUGAGUCUAUACGCAAAGGAUGCAGGAGCUAUAAAAGUCUACGCAUGUGAAUGCUCGGAAGUAAUGACACGAAUCGCAAAAGAAGUAUUCGAGUCUAAUAAUGCAUCGGAUGUAGAGUUAAUACCGAAACUAUCGUUCGAUCUUAAAGUACCUACAGACAUUCCAGAAAGAGUACAAUUAAUAGUGACUGAAACGUUUGAUGCCGGCUUAUUCGGGGAGCUUGUAGUACCGUCUUUGAUUAACGUGCACAUGAAUAUUUUAGAUUUAUAUGGUAUAAUAAUACCUAUGGGCGCGACGGUUUACACAGCAGCCAUCGAAUGUGAAUAUGUUAGACUUAGAUCGUCAGUGAUCUUUGAAAAAGUAAAAGAUAUUUGCCUUUUGAAUUUCAAUAACUUGUCGGUAUUGCCGGAUGAUGAAUAUUAUGAGGCGGAGAAUCUGGAAAAAGUCCAAAUUAAAUAUAUCACAGAGCCGCAAAAACUCUUCCAUGUGAAUUUCAACGAAUUGCAAGAGCUGCGGAAAUUUCACAAGGACGGACUCAAGCAGUUAAUGCGAGCGAAAUGUAAAUACAAUGGUAUCAUAGAUGGUCUUGUCACUUGGUUCAAGCUACAUCUCGACGAGGAAAUCACGUUGGAUUCCUCUGACAGAAAAUCUUGUUGGGAUCUUGCUAUUUUUCCAACGACACACACCGUGUGCCAUGAAGGUGAUGUCGUAACAAUAAAAGCGGAGAUUUUAAAGAGUAAAUUGAAGUGUUCUUGUAGCAUGGGAAAUACGGAACUUAACGCGACGGAUUGUAAAACCUUGUACCAUCUACCAAAAGAGGUCAUUGUCUUCCUGAAUGACUUUGAUUACGUGAAAUUGCUCACCGAGAUCGGCAGAUCUCAUAAGAGUAGAAAUAUAAAAUAUAUUUUAGAUAUUUCGCCUUUUCCGAUUUACGGUUUAACAAUUUUGAAGGAGUGUAAAGACAGCGAACUUUUAUACUACAAAACUGACAAUCCAACGCUUCGUUCUCUGGUUGAGCGAGUGGCUCGAGAUAACAAGCUACAGGAUAAAGUACGUACGAUAUCAAACUACGAUGAGAUUCCAUGCCACGUAGAUUCUAUAUUCGUUCAUAACUUUGAUAUUAAAGGUGAAUUGCGAGAUAGUCAUCAUGAGAUCUUGAGGUGUCUAUUAAAACCAGAGAGUCCAUUAUUGCCGGAAAAAAUUUUUCUUAUAGGACAAUUAGUAUACUCGGAGGAUUUACCGAACAUGGUUUAUGUGCAAGAUGCAAAUCUCAAGAUACCAUCUUAUUCUAAUUUCUAUACUGACACGAGUUCAAAUAAUGAGGAUUGUCCACACACACAAAAUAAUAAAAGAAAUAAAAGUACAAACUACAUAAUUGCAGAACACAUUAACAAAUACAAGAUCAAUCAAAUAUUCGAUUUACAUUCGAGCUUAUAUUCGUGUGAGAUCUUGUCCGAGCCACAAGUAUUGGCAGAAAUAAACGAAACGGAAACUACCGAAGCAGUUGUAACCUUCGGAAAAAUAAGUAGGGCGAAAGAAACUCUACCAAAUGCCUUAAUAUGUUGGUACAAGAUACAGCUUAGUCCGGAUCAUAUACAUGACACAAAAAAGAAUGAUUCUUUCAUGAAUCAUACUGCAGUCGUCUUUGAAGAUGAUUUGCGAGACAUUAUUCUGAGAGAUCAAGAAGUGAAAAUUAAAGUCCAUCAUAUGAAAGGUUUGGUAAAAAUUACGGUACUACAUUUGUAAAAAUCUACAACAAAAAAUAAACUAUUUUACAAUUUUGUAUACAAUUUCUUAUUAAACUUGACAUUUACAAUA